AUGGCUGUCCGAGCACAAUUCGAAAACUCCAACGAGGUUGGCGUUUUCUCAACACUAACAAACUCAUACGCCCUGGUGGCGGUCGGCGCGAGCGAGAACUUCUACAGCGUGUUCGAAGCCGAGCUACAGGACGUCAUUCCCAUCUGCAGGACCACGAUUGCGGGCACACGGAUCAUCGGGCGGUUAACAGCAGGCAACCGCAAAGGCCUGCUCGUCCCGACCACGACAACCGACCAGGAGCUGCAGCACCUGCGCAACAGCCUACCGGACGAGAUCCGAAUCCAGCGCAUCGAGGAGCGGCUGUCGGCGCUGGGCAACGUCAUCGUGACAAACGACCACACUGCGCUAAUUCACCCGGAUCUGGAGCGCGAGACGGAGGAGAUCAUCGCCGACGUGCUGGGAGUUGAGGUGUUCCGGCAGACGGUCGCCGACCACGUGCUCGUGGGGUCCUAUAUGGCCCUCAGCAACCAGGGCGGCCUUGUCCACCCCAAGACCAGCAUCCAGGACCAGGACGAGCUGAGCAGCCUGCUGCAGGUCCCGCUUGUCGCGGGCAGCGUCAACCGCGGGAGCAACGUCAUUGGCGGCGGCAUGGUGGUCAACGACUGGAUGGCGGUUACUGGACUCGAUACCACGGCGCCUGAGCUCAGUGUCAUCGAGAGUGUCUUCCGGUUGGGCGAGGGUGCGGCACCAGGGGCCAUCAAUACCAACAUGAAGGAGACGAUAGUGGAGUCGUUCUACUGA